AUGGAGAAUUCAAGUUCCGAAACACUUCAUGUUGAAGAUUUACAAACGGAGAUAAUGUCAUGGCUGCCUCUGAAAAGCUUGUUGAGAUUCGUCAUCGUCUCAAAGAAAUGGGCAUCUAUUAUCCGUGGAGAACAAUUCAAAGCUCUUUACUUGCGUCGAUCGAUGACAAGGCCUCGGCUGAUGUUCAUGGUCCGACGAAUUGCAACCCUACCACCCGAACCUGAGAUGGUGUGGUUUCAGUCUUUUUGUAAAGAGGAAAGAUGUAUUCCCGGCCAACUCGAAGUUGAGUUCUUGUUUCACUCUGUUUAUCAAGAAAAGAUACCGUAUUUUUCAUCUGGUCAACAGCAGUUGCGUGUUCCUCCUAAUACAAACUAUACGUCUGUUUCUCAACCCAUCGGAGGUUUGAUCUGUCUUCAGUCAGAAACUAAGUUUGCGCUUUGCAAUCCGGGUACGAAAAAGUCUCGGGCUUUACCUGAUAUCCAAGCACAUGAAAAAGCUUUUAUAACAAGUUUUUUAGGAUACGAUGAAGCUACGAACGUAUUCAAGGUGUUAUGUUUGACGAUGGUAUGGGCCCAUGAACCAUCAAAACGAGUUUAUGAGUAUCAAGUCUUGACGGUGGAAUCCGGUGUAGAGUCUUGUUCUUGGAGAGGGAUCACAUGUAAGGAGAAGGAUCACACACCAGAAACUCAAGGACUAUGUAAAGGAGGGGUUUUGUACUAUGGAGCUCGGUCCACUAGUGACCAUCGACCUCUGGUAAUGAGCUUUAAUGUGAGGUCUCAAGAGUUUACCGCCAUUGAACUUCCUGAUCAACUACAUAUUAGUUAUUUUUGGAAUUUUGUGAUUUACAAUGGGGAUAUUGCCUUAGUGAACGAAUCUGACUUUGACCCUAGAGUUGUGAAUGAACCGAAUGGGAAUAAAGUUUUUCACAUAUGGGUUAGGGAUGCAACUGCACAAGAAUGGCAGAGAACCCGCAUCGAGAUUCCUCGUUGGGAACAAAAUGUUGGACAUGUGGACUAUGUUUUCAGAGGUACCACUGGAACAAAAGAACUUGUUUUCGCCCAAGACUCUCGCCAUUGCGAAGAUGAUUUCUUUGUGUUGUAUUACGAUACAUUCACAAAAGAUCUCAGAAGAUUUCAGAUUGGAGUGACUGGCCCUAAAAUUUCUGUUCGAACCUGCUUGGAUCAUGUUGAUAGCCUUUGGCUUAUGUGA